CUGCCAGCUGCGUGCCAGCAGGCGGGAUGCCUGGCACAACACGGUGCGGCUGGUGCUGGCCCUGGCUGGUGCCAACCCCCGGGGCUGUGGCUCCCCUUGUGCCCCAGAGCCUCCUCCCGCAGGGAGGUCCUGGCUCCUCGGGGUCUUUAUCGCAGCAGCUGCGCAAGCAUCAAGGCACAGGGAGGUGGGUGGAGGGGCCUUGAGAUAAGGCGGCAGACACAACACCCGUGGUGUGGGGCGGGGGGACCCCCCCUCUCCCAGCCUUCUUAAACAGCACGGUCCCCUUGGCCGGCACUGCGUGCUCAUGGAGAAAACUACGGUGCUGAUCACAGGCUGCUCUUCGGGCAUCGGCCUGGGGCUGGCUGCGCGCCUGGCGGCCGACACCGCUCGCAGGUUCAAAGUAUAUGCCACCAUGCGUGACCUGGCCAAGGGCGAGCGGCUGCUGGAGCGGCUUGGGGGCUGCUGCCCCGACACACUGGAGGUCCUGCAGCUCGACGUCACUGACCCGUGCUCGCUGGCAGCUGCUGCGCAGCGGGUGCAGGGGCAGCGGCUGGACGUGCUGGGUACGGCUCUUCCCGGUGCCCCCACUAUCCCCCGGGUGGCUGGGGGGACCUCUCUGGGGUUGCCAGCCCUCCCCAGGGCACUGGGAGCAGAUGCCAAAUCAUGGGAGGUGCCCGCAGUCCUGGGGCUAGGAUGGGACGUGUUCAGCAGGGCAGGGGUGCAGGAGCUGGGUUUGGGAGUGCCAAGAGUCACUGGCCCAUCCAUAGGGAAGGACCCCCAUGUUCUUGUCUUCUGGCACCUCGACGGUGCCAGGGAGUGCGAGGGGGGCUCUGGUGCCUCCUCACCGGCGCUGUGCCCAGCAGUCUGCAAUGCGGGGGUGGGACUGAUGGGCCCCCUGGAGACCUGCUCCGACCAAGCCAUGAAGACCAUCUUCGACGUGAACCUCUUUGGGGCCAUCCGCACCAUCCAGGCGUUCCUGCCCGCCAUGAAGCGCCGCAGGGCCGGGCGGAUCAUCGUCUCCAGCAGCAUCGGGGGGCUGCAAGGGCUGCCCUUCAACUCUGUGUACUGCGCCAGCAAGUUUGCGGUGGAGGGGCUGUGCGAGAGCCUGGCCAUCGUCCUGCGGCCCUUCAACAUCCACCUGACACUGGUGGAGUGUGGACCCGUCAACACCAGCUUCCUGGCCAACCUGCAGCGCCCGGACCCCGAGGGCAGCGAGCUGCAGGGCCUGGAUGCCGAGACGCGUGGCCUCUACCACCGGUACCUGCGGCACUGCCAGAGCCUCUUCCACGACGCGGCCCAGGAGGUGGAAGAGGUCCUGCAGGUGUUCGUGGAGGCCAUCGGGACCCCCUGCCCUCCCCUGCGCUGCGUCACCACCCAGCUCUUCGCCCCGCUGUCGCGCCUGCGGCUGGCCAGCCCCGACGGCUCCGCGUACGUCCGGGCCAUGCACGACUUCGUGUUCGGCCGCGGCGAGGCCGGCGGGGACCAGCCCUGAGCAGAGCCG